UUCAUUCGGUGGAUGGGCUUUAAACUAUUCAUGGCAUGUCUGAAGGUUAGCUUGCUAGCGUAAAGACAACAUUAAGCAGUAUAUUUACGUAGCUUUAAAACAACAAUUAAGCUCCUAAAACAGAAACUCCAUGUGUGGAUUCAUUCUUUAGAGGUGUGUAUGCAUUGGAUAUAACAGGACUGUAUGUCUGACCAGAUACAGCAAUGGCCAAUCUGUCCAACUAUGCUGUGCGUAUGGCGCGCCUCAGUGCACGCAUCUUUGGGGACGUGGUGCGCUCCACGGACUCCAGUUCCAUGAAGGUUGUCCAGUUGUUCAAAGAGCAGCCCAUGGCCCAGAGGAGGGAAGUCUACGACUGGUACCCUCAGCACAAGAUCUACUAUGCACUGACACAAAAGCUGAGGUUCAUGGGAUUGUUCAGAGAUGAGCAUGAGGACUUCAAGGACGAAAUGAGGCGCCUAAAAAAACUACGAGGCAAGGGAAAACCAAAGAAAGGAGAAGGAAAGAGAGCUACCAAGAAAAAAUAAGAUUAACUUUGGUAUUGGACUAUUGUUUUACCUUGAGUGGCCAGAGUAAUGGCAUGACUGACAACCACACUCAUUGUGGAGGACAGGAGUCAUUCUCGAAUGAUGGGUCAAAUUGACUUAGUAGAAGUUUAACAGCUGGUCAAUGCACGCCUUGUUAGCAUAUGUUUGCAGUUGACCAAUACAAGGUUUGUGUACACAUAUUUCACAAUGUUUUGAUCUUAUUUUUUAUAUCCGGCUCAUUAUAAUCUGAUCAUGCGUGCCCCUGAUUGCACAGAGACAUUACUGUAUCAGUGUAUGUUUAUCAUUCUAAAAAGCUGUUUCCCCUUUACGGUCAAACCAUACAUUAACAUGUAAAAUAAAAUACUUCUGAGU